UUGAUCUGCACACACUACAGUCCUCCGCUCUACCAACUGAGCUAAGGUCGGAUGUGCUCUUUGGCUGGAAUUAUUCUUAUUUAGACUUGCAGUAGUCAAUGACCCUUACUAGCAGUAGGCAACGACCAUUACUAGUUGACAUGGAGGCGUACAAUCUGUGCGUUCUGCAAAUAUCGAAUGCAUUGAGAUGUGUGUUUCAAUACGAAUACAGUGAUGAAGGAAGUGGGAGUCCAUGCCGUUAAGGGCAGAAAAACUGCAUCGGUUCUGUUGCAGCAACCGUAAGCGAGGGACAUGUUAUGUGAAGAGUGAAGAGAUCACCUUCCAGACAUGCAAAAGUUGACCAAACUGUCUCUCUGUUCUGCGUCGGUCCGUCCCUCCUGCCUCCCGGUGGUCGGCGCAAUAGUUGCUUCGGCCGGUGACACAAAAGGAUAGCACUUCAUUGCAUUACGCGUCCAUGGUACAGCUACUAGUAAUGCCAUGCCAUCCAUUUCUGCCAUUAUUAUCAUAUCUAUCUAUGGCUGAUGGUAGUACAAGCCUACAAGCAGAGACCUGACGGCGCGCGGCGCAUCUCCGAUCCGGCAAAGAUCGAGUAGCGAGAGGGCUUCUUCUUCCUCCUCUAGCUCCGUCCAACCCCCACUCCCCGACCGACCGUUCAAUACACGGGAAGCACAAGCACUGGCAGGGGAAGGAGGCUAAGAAUGGCAGGCGCCUUCUUUCUAAUAAUAAAGCGAGUGCCACUCCCUAAUUAUACUCACUCCUGUCUUCCCUUGCCACCGGUCCGGGGCCUCCCCCUAUUCGGACAGGACAGGAAUUGAAGGGCAGAUGAGAUGACGACGAUCCAUAGAAACCGCCGAUUCAUGGAGGAUUGCAGACACCCACAGGAAUCAUCCAUCAUUCGGAGCUAAUCAUUUCUUCUCGUUCCUUUUGGCGCUCUCUGCGUGCGCACAAUCUCGGAUAGCUCAUCAUCCUUUCCGCCGGCGACAAGACACCCGCGCUGCGCUCGAGGCCCCGAAAGCAACCCUUUACAGCGGCGGAGCUCGGUGCGGCGGUCGCGGAGCAUGGCGAAGGAGGAGGACCGGGGCCAGCCGCCCGACGAGGAGGUCAUGUCGCGGAGCCAGGGGUCCAGCACGGCGCCCGUGCUCGACAAGGACAGCGCCACGGCGCCCAAGUCGCGCCCCGCCGACCAGAGCGCAGGACCUUCCGAGAUGGACCUGAUGAAGGAGAAGUUCGCCAAGCUGCUGCUCGGGGAGGACAUGUCCGGGUCCGGGAAAGGGGUGCCCUCCGCGCUCGCCCUCUCCAACGCCGUCACCAACCUCGCAGCCUCUGUGUUUGGCGAGCAACGGAAGCUGGAGCCCAUGGCCCCGGACAGGAAGGGGAGGUGGAAGAAAGAAGUGGGCUGGCUUCUGUCCGUCGCCGACCACAUCGUCGAGUUCGUCGCCAAGAAACAAGUCCUGGAUAACGGCGUCGAAAUGGAGGUGAUGGGCACGCAGCAGAGACGGGAUCUCCAGGCGAACAUCCCAGCAUUGCGUAAACUGGACACGAUGCUUCUCGACUACCUGGACAACUUCAAGGAGCGCAACGAGUUCUGGUACGUGAAGCGCGACUCGUGCUCGGAGGGUGAGAACGAGGAGAGGUCCGACGAGAAAUGGUGGAUCCCGAUCGUCAAGGUGCCCCCCGGCGGGCUUUCCCCGACCUCCAGAGGCUGGCUCCUGCACCAGAAGGAGCUGGUGAACCAGGUGCUGAAGGCGGCCAUGGCCAUCAACGCCAACUGCCUCAUGGAGAUGAGCAUCCCGGACACGUAUAUAGACACACUCCCUAAGAACGGGCGAGCCAGCCUCGGUGACGCGCUGUACCGGAUCAUCACGGACGUGGAGUUCGACCCGGACGACUUCCUGUCGACGGUGGACCUGACGUCGGAGCACAAGAUCCUGGACCUCAAGGACCGGAUCGAGGCGUCGGUCAUCAUCUGGAACAGGAAGGUGCACAACAAGGACGGCAAGUCCUCAUGGGGCUCCGCCGUCAGCCAGGAGAAGCGGGAGCAGUUCGAGGAGCGGGCGCAGACGCUGCUGCUCAUCAUCAAGCACAGGUUCCCCGGCAUCCCCCAGUCCACGCUCGACAUCGCAAAGAUCCAAGAAAACAGGGACGUUGGGUUCGCGCUGCUGGAGAGCUACUCCAGGGUGCUGGAGAGCCUGGCGUUCAAUGUCAUGUCCCGGAUAGAGGACGUCAUCCAGGCCGACAACGUGGCCAGGGAGAAGGCCAAGAAGAACGCGCCGCCCGGGGCAGACCCCGGCGCGGGAUGCCGCUGCGCGCCGGAGGCCGGCGGCGACGACGACCAGAGCAAGACGACGACACUGCUGGACUUCAUGGGGUGGACUGGCGACCCCGAUGGCAAGAACGACGACGUAUCGCCGCCGCCGCCGCCGCCGCCACCGGAGCUGCCGGCGCAGGACGACGGCAGGCUGAUGAAGCUGCCGAACAUCAUGACCAACCUCAAGCAGACGUACAUGGACAAGCUGGACUUCCUCAGCGGGAACAGAAGCCCCUCAGGUCGCCAUUAGAGACCGUCAAUACGGCAUGGCACGACACGAGAUUUUGCAUGUAUCGUGUGAGCUAGUGUACAUAUAUACUGUAUGUAUUUUUGGAUUUUGGAUUGGAUCAAAGUGGGCUCUCGCUUGAGUAGCCCCUCGUGUCGACUUCCUGAUUUUGCAGACUUCUUCCUCUUCUCAUGUACGAUUCCAAGGCAUUGGCCAUUGUAUCAAAGUCAUCAAUAAAUAGAAAAAAUUUAGAGCUAA